CACAUUUUUAAAAGCAACAAUAGAAACAAGAUUUGUUGUGAUAUUAAACUAUGGAUAUUGUUAAAGAGGUGCUUGCCAAACAAGCAAAAGAUUUAGAAAAAUAUAAGACCAUCAAUGUAGAGAAGCACGAAGAAGUUAAAGUUGAUUUAGGACAUUUAAUGAUCAGCGAUCCAAAUAAUUUUGAUGAAAAUGCUUUGAGGGAUAAUGUGGAGCAGUAUUUAUUGAAUUUAACUCGUGAGAAUGUUCAAUUGCUUGUUAAUGGUAUUUGGGAAUUGCAAACAGAACGUUUAGAUGAACAUAUUGUAGCAAAACUUCCAAAAGCCUCUUUUGCCUUACCAAGAGCUCGCAAACUUCCACAGCCAAAAGUUCCAACAAAAUGGGAACAAUUUGCGAAAGCAAAAGGUAUUAAAAAACGACAGAAAGACAAAAAAGUUUGGGAUGAAGAACUUGGAAAGUGGGUGGCAACUUAUGGAUUCCAACGAUUUAAAGCUGAAAAAGAGAAAGAUUGGGUGUUAGAAGUUCCACAAAAUUUGGAUCCUAUGACAGAUAUGUUCCAGAAAAAGAAAGACUUGAAGAGUGAACGAGUAGCGAAGAAUGAAAUUGCAAGAAUGAAAAACAUUGCAAGAGCACAAAAAGUUCAAGUUCCUCGUGCUGGAUUUGUGAGUGAAGAAUCAGCAUCAGCAAAGGAUCUUCAUGUGGCGGCAACUAUUGCCAAAUCAUCAACAGCUUCUGUAGGCAAGUUUCAAGAAAAACUUCCUAAAGAGAAAGAUGCUCGAGGCAUUGGCGUUCGCGAACUCAUUCCCGGUUCUAAACGUAAACGUACAAUUGAUCCAAGCCAGGAAAAGAGUCAGCAAAUUGAAGUUGUUCAAAGAAUUCUCAACAAACGUCCCAAAAUUGAUGUUGACAAAGCAGUACAGAUUCAAAAACGAGAAGCCAGAGAAGAACGAGAAAAGAACCCGAUUGAGAAGAAAAGGACAGGAAGUAAAUCAAAGCACGCUAAAAAGUUCAGCAGCAAAAAGCCAAAAGGUGCAAUGGGCAAUCGGAAGCCAAAGAAAGGCGGAGCUGGAAGAAAAAGACGAUAAAAUUGCUUUGUUUUUAAUACAUAAUUGGAUUAUUUUAUGUUGAGGUCGUUGUGAAUCUUAAUUCAAGUUACAUAAAUACACUAAAUAAAAAUAUCACUUCAAAAUUAUUUAAAUCUACAUUUUCUUGACACUGGAUUAGCAGCACAAUC